CCACAAGUUUAAAGCUCUCUCUCCUAAAACCCUGUGAUUUUGGUUUCCUCUCUCUCUCUCUCUCUCUCUCUCUCUCUCUCCCCCCUAAAACCCAUGGAAACUCCAUAAACAAAGGAACCUUAUUCUCCCACUCUCACAACUCUCAGACCCACUCUUCUCUUCCUCUUCUUCAUCUUCUAAUCUGUUACAGAGGUAAGGCACUCUCUCACAAUAAACAUAUAUAUAUAUGCAUAUAUUAUAUGGUUUCAGUAACAACACCAUGUGUUUGAUGAAAUGCCUAUUUACAUAUUUUUAGAUUCGUUUUGUUUUCUAUUAGCUUUCAUAUCAUGUUGAUCAAAACAAAUAAUUUCACUUUGUAAGGAUUAAUUCUUUAUCUAAAGCUCAAUGUUCAUACCAACCAGUGAUUGAAAGCUUCAAUAGAAAGAAACAGUUUCAAGUUAGGAUAGGAUUGAGCCAGUGUGAUUGAAUUUGAAAUGGGCUCCAAUGGUGGAACAAAAAGGUUGCAACUUUCAUCCCAAACGAUUCAAAAGCUCAAUGUUCAGAAAUUUGCUGAGGCAAGAACAGCUGAGCUUGAGUCUCUUCACUCCAUUGUGGGGAAUCGUUUGAAUGGGGAUUUCAGGUGUAGACGGAGUAAGAGAAGGCGAACCACUUCCUUUAAUAGCAAAGCAGCUAAGAGAAGAAGGAACUUAGAUGAUGAGAAGAAGGAAAAUACCAAUACCAAUACCAGCAGCAGCAGCAGCAGCAGCAUUCCUCGUCGUCGUAUUCGUCGAAGAGCUGAACUGAAAAUAAACCCUGAAGAGGGGUUUUCUGUUACACAGGAUGGAACAAAGAGGCUAAGGACACACGUGUGGUAUGCCAAGAGAUUCACCAUGACAAAGCUCUGGGGUUAUUAUCUUCCUUUGGGUCUUCAUGGAAGUGGAAGGGGUUCUAGAGCUUUGUUGAAGUGGUUCAGAAAUGGAGCUCUAAUUCAUGAUGCAAGCUAUUAUGUUCCCAUCCAAUUGGAGGGUCCAGAGGGCUCUUUAUUGUCAAUUCUAAAAGCGGUGCUAGUGCCUUCUCAACCUGGUUAUUCCGGUGAUGUUUCCACUUCUAUCAUUUAUGGUGCCAUCUAUGAUAAUGCAAUGCUCCACCAUAUUGGUGCACCAGUUUCUAAGCCGAUCGCUCCUGUAACAUAUAUGUGGCGUCCUUGUUCCUUACGAAAUAGGGAUAAUACUGCUGCUGCUGCUGAUGCUGUUAACAGUCUAGGAUCUGUGAAACCAGAGACUACAGAUUUAGGGUCUUGUUUUCGCCAGCUUUGGGUCUGGAUACAUGCUUCUGCUUUCGAUGAAGGAUACGGUGCUCUUAAAUUUGCUUGCCAGAAAGAGAUGGAAGAGAAGGAUAUAUUGAUUCGUUGUUUUUCACGUGAGGGUCAGCUUGCGAAAUUACAAGUAAUGGGAUCAAAGGCAUUUGAAGUUCUUCAAAAGGCAUUAUCUGUUACUCGGAUAUCAGAGGAUUCUCAGCAAGUAGAUAAAAAGAAUUGUGUACUUGAAAAUGAAGAUCACAUAUCUUCUAAAGCAAUGUUAUCACUUAGUGUCAUGGAUCCUCGAACAAUAACGAAAAAAAGGACAAUCCCCAAUGUUCCAGAGGCAGUAUCCAGUGACAUGCCUUGUGAUAUUCUGGGGAAUGAAAUUAGAGAGCUUGCUAGCGUAUCAGAAACUUCAGACAGGCGUGAAGAGUCAUUCCCGUCAAGCUCAGAACUCGAUAGCCAAAGUACACUCGAUAACAGAAAUUUGUGGGAUGCUAGCUCUAGUGUUAGUCCUCCUGUAGCAGAGAAUAUUCUUUGCAAGGAGAAAAAUGAACAGCAGAAGAAAUUCUUUUAUCUUGAUCAUCCAACUUCAACCGAGGUGCAGUGUUCAAGAUGUUGUCCUAUUAUGCUUCUCAAAGAUAAGAACAAGGAAGGAUUAGCUAUCGGCUGGUCUAUUGUACUCCCACUAAGUUGGGUCAGGGCGUUUUGGAUUCCUCUCGUCUCUAAAGGUGCUCGUGCAAUCGGUUUGAGGGAGAAGCAUUGGGUUGCAUCUGAACUCGGUUUGCCUUGUUUUCCUUCGGAUUUUCCUGAUUGCAAUGCUUAUUCAAGCCUGAAAGCAAGCGAAGCUGCUGCCUUUGAUCAAAAAGAGCAACUUCAUCCUUUAUCAACACGACCAUUGAGAGUUCCCAUUCUUCCACCAUGGGAUAGUGUCCAGAUUACUCUAAACAAACUCCUCGCGACAAUUGGAGAUGACAACAACAAUUCAGCAUCAAAUUCGGAUAGUGGUUGUACUUCAUUAGACAGUUUGGUACCAAGGACAUCUUCCUUGCUGACUAAUUUCUUGAACGAAAUCAAAGGCGAUCAUUUACUUCUAUUUCCUCGAAUAGCAAAUAAGAAGAAAUCAUUUUGGAAGUUGGCAAAGGAUGAAAGCAAUCAUUUUGAGCAGGGUCAAACUAGAAUUGCCAGCAACAUUAUUUGGAACAGUAAACUAUGUUUCGUUAGGGUUCUUCUUCAUGCAUUCAAGGAAGGUUCUUUCGAAGAGGGAGCAGUUAUUUGCGCACCUCGUUCCACCGAUAUAUCAUUGUGGACUUCAAGUUCAGUGAACAUUGAAGGAGGACUUCAAAUUCCCGAGUCAGCAGUAACAUCAUACUUCAAAGAAGAUUCUUCUGGGAAAUGGGAACUUCAAAUGCCCGAAGAUCCUACUACUAAUCAUCGAAUGCCAAUCGGUUUCGUCACAACUGGAUUUGUCAGAGGGAGCAAGAAGAAGCUAGUGGCGGAAGCAUUUUGCGAGGCGUUGUUACUUGCUCACCUUCGAAAAGAGCAAUGGUGGAACGAAGAAGAUUCGGAAGUAAAACAGCAACAAAGAAGAAAGAAAGAGAUAUAUGUUCUUGUUCGAAAUCUCCGGUCCACGGCAUACAGACUUGCUCUGGCCACCAUUGUUUUGGAACAUCAAGUUGAUGAUGUUGAUUUCCUUUGAGUCUUUUGCUGUUCUAUAAUUACUUCAAAAUAAUUCAUUUUAAAUAUUAAUUGGUAAAAAUAUUAUUUUUUUAGUGUAAUUAUUAAUUAUUUUUACCACAAAAUAACAAAAAUUCAUAUGUAAUUAACAGUUAACACCUUAUAACAAUUUGUCUUUAUCCUAAUCAAUCCGAUUCUUAAUUAUUUUUAA